GGAAGAACAAGGUGUUUUCUUAAAUGGUGCAACAGCAGCAGCACUCUAACACAUGCUCAGUUACUCUCAAAAGAAUAGUCAGGCAGGAGCUACUGUUUGACCAGCAGAUCAGCCAACAUGCCAGUGGAACUGAAAGGGAACAUUUUAGUGACAGGGGCCAACAGAGGCCUUGGUUUGGAGCUGGUGAAACAGCUGGCAGAGACGACAGGACAAGAGGCUCACAUCUAUGCCUGCUCCAGAGAGCCUGAAGGAAGCAGAACUGAGGCACUGAGACAGUUAACCACCCGACAUCCUGGAAAGAUCACUAUAAUCAAGCUAGAUGUUGCAGAUGAGGAAAGUAUCUCAGCUGCUGUGCAGGCUGUGCAAGAUCAGAUCGGGGAUGCUGGGUUGAAUAUCCUUAUCAACAAUGCUGGUAUUAGGAAACCGGCCUUGUCAGGAGCAUUAUCUGCUACCAAGAAAAACGACAUGAUGGAGGUGUAUGAAACCAAUGUGGUCGGACCAUUUACCAUUGCAAAGAUGUUUCUUCCACUCCUGAAAAAAGCAGCACAGAGGGAUUCUUCUGCAAAGGGCAGUGAUGAUAAAACUGCCUGCAGCUCAGCCAUCAUCAACAUCUCCACGGCUAUCUCAUCCAUAGAGAAAUGUCCAGAGACCUUCUCAGCAGCACAGAUGUAUCCUUAUAGAAUAAGCAAGGCAGCAUUGAACAUGCUGACUCGCUGUCAAGCCGAAGACUUCAAGACUCACAAUAUAGUGGUGACAGCCAUACACCCAGGCUGGGUCCAAACUGAGAUGGGAGGAGAAAACGCUCCUUUGACCACCGUGGACAGCGUACUUGGCAUGCUUAGUGUGAUAUCGUCACUUAGCAACAAAGACAGAGGGAUGCUUCUGGACUGGCAGGGCAACACCAUCCCCUGGUAGCCGUCAUGUCAAAACCAGGCUAAUAGACAAUGUUUUCAGGUUAAAAUUCAAAUGAGAAAAAGCAUACACGAAUAUAAAGAUAAUAAAACAUUGAGGAGGAGAUUUUUUUAAACUCAUUUUAUUCUUUUCUUUUUUUUAACAUGUACUAGAAGCUUUCUGCAAACUGAACUGCUGGCCACGGUUCACCAGAGGAAAUUAAAUGACUUCACGAUCUAUAAUCUGGCCAUGCUUAGAAAUUUGUCUGUUUUCAUUGCGGGGAGACAAUAAUUUCCUACAGAGGAAUAAAAUUUAAUCUGAAAUUUCAGACAGUAUUAUAUGUAAAGAUUCAUUAAUCAUAUUAACAUCUCUAUAAGCAUUUCAGCCAGUAAGCAGAGUUUAUAGUUUGGAGGUGGCAUAGAAAUGAUGGUAUACAGAGAAAAUUAGCACUGGAAUGAACAACAUUUGAACUUCAGAUGGUUGUUAAGGCGUCUGUGUUGUCUUUCACAAAGGCUGUGGCUUCCAAAUGCUCUGUAGUAACAGAUAUUAUUAAAAACAUGAGUGCUAACAGGGAAAUAAUUUUACUCUACAUGUUUGCUUCUGUAAUAAAGUGAUAAACCGGU